AUGACCAAGUCAGUGACAGAUGAGAGACAGUCUCACCUGGAGCAGUACCUUCAGAAUGUUACUUUGGAUUCAAAUAUUACCAAUAAUGACAUCUUCAUAGAUUUUUUUCGAAAGCUACAGCAGGAUACAUUUAAGAUCCAAACCCAGAGAGCCUUUUUGGAUUUUUACCUUGCUGAUGACAGCAAUAUUUGACUUGAUAUCCAGACACUGGACAUUGCAGAAGGAAUAUUGGAGGUAACACUGUGCAAGAUGUCAAGUGAAUUAAUAAAGUAUUUUAGCUUAUUUUUUUUUCAGGAUCAUGAUGACAGUUCUCUUCAUGUGGUGAAAAAAGUGGAGGACUUCGAUCUUCCUUAUGUGAGUCUUCAGAGCGUGAAGGACUUGCACUGCAAGCUUGAGAUCAGAAAGCAGUAUGUAGAUCCUUCUCUUGAUAUACUGCUUAUGGACUGUAGAGCUUCACUGAACUUGCUAUAUAUGCAGGCAAUCCAGGAAGCUGAGAGGAAUUGGGUUAAACCCACAGAAGAGCAGAUGUAGGAACUUAAAUUUCCACAAAAAAAUGCAAACAAAGUAAAGUUCCUGGAGCAGAUUUGAGAAAUGCAGUUCUAUGGAUACAUACAGCUUGAUCCUUGUAUUUGUGACUAUCCAGAAGAAGGCUGCUCAGGUGACAUCCAUGUCAGCAAUGAUAAGAUUAACUGCUGCAUAACACUGCCUACUAACCAAUCAGAGGUCAGCUUUAAAAUCAACAGAUUAAGAAGCUGGCAGGUUACUUUUUGUGAUGGUGAAGAAGACACACUGAAGCCUAGAUUUGAAUACAAUGACUCAGGCACAUGGCAGUGGAUAAUUUUGUACACAAAACAGCCCUUUGCGCUCAGUAGCUGCUUGAAGAAAAUGGUAUCAGAACAGAUGACGAAGGCAGCCAAAGGCCAAGAAAUGCAGAUCAAGAUGCCUGAAUCAAUGAAAAAUAGAAAUAAGAAAUUCAGCAUCCAACAAAAGCAGGUAGUUCAUUCGGGUUUUAUAUCAAGGAAAAGAUUUUUGGUUAGGCCAAAUGAAGGAGACUGUGUAUUUGGGAAAAUAAGAGAAGAAGACCUGUGA